UUAGAUAAAAGAAAAUGUAUCAUAUAUUUAUUUUUAAUAAACAAUUCUUAACAAAAAAAAAAAAAAUUUAUUUCAAUAAACAAAACUUGAUAUGAACAAAAUUUUUUUUCUUUUGGAACGAGAAAAAUCCCUUUUUAUAUUAUUGAUAUGAACAAAUUGGUAAAGCCCUAAUCCUUGGGUUUGGGGGUUUCGUAGUCCAUUUUAUUCUCAGAGGAGGUUUUUUGUGUUUUUGUUUUUUGUGUAGUGAAUCAAUAUCGGCGAAUUGCUUUGAGGUCGGCGAGAAUCAGUAGCAGUGUAAUGUCCAUGUCGAUUUCGACGGAUUUCUAUCCAUCCCAAGAUGACCUUCUAUACGAAGAAGAGCUUCUUCGAAACCCAUUCAGCUUGAAGCUAUGGUGGAGAUAUCUCAUUGCUCGUUCCGCAGCCCCAUUCAAGAAGCGCUUUAUUAUCUACGAGCGAGCCCUCAAGGCUCUCCCUGGCAGCUACAAGCUAUGGCACGCUUAUCUCCGCGAACGCCUCGAACUGGUUCGAAACCUACCCAUCACUCACUCCCAGUACGAAACCCUCAACAACACCUUCGAGCGCUCUCUCGUCACCAUGCACAAGAUGCCCAGAAUCUGGAUCAUGUACCUCCAGACUCUCACGGACCAGAAGUUGCUCACUCGGACUCGCCGGACCUUCGACAGGGCUCUCUGCGCUCUUCCCGUGACCCAGCACGACCGUAUUUGGGAGCCCUACCUCUUCUUCGUCAGCCAAAAGGGUGUUCCCAUUGAGACCUCGCUUCGCGUUUAUCGGAGGUAUUUGAAAUACGACCCUUCCCAUAUUGAAGAUUUUAUUGAAUUCUUGGUUAAUUCUAGUCUUUGGCAAGAGGCUGCUGAGAGGUUAGCUUCUGUGUUGAAUGACGACCAGUUUUAUUCGAUUAAGGGGAAGACUAGGCAUAGAUUGUGGUUGGAGUUGUGUGAUUUGCUUACCAAGCAUGCUACAGAGGUUUCGGGGUUGAAUGUGGACGCCAUAAUUAGAGGUGGGAUUAGGAAGUUUACUGAUGAAGUUGGGCGGCUAUGGACCUCCCUUGCGGAGUAUUACAUUAGGAGGAAUUUACAUGAGAAGGCUAGGGAUAUCUUUGACGAGGGUAUGACUAGUGUUGUGACUGUGAGAGAUUUUAGUGUGAUUUUUGAUUCAUAUGCUCAGUUUGAGGAGAGUAUGCUUGCUCAUAGGAUGGAGACUAUGGAUUUGAGUGAUGAUGAGGAGGAAGAGCAAGAUGGUGGAGAACAGAAUGGGGUUGAGGAGGAGGAGGAGGAUGAAGAUAUUCGCUUGGAUGUUAAUCUCUCUGUGGCCGAGUUUGAGAAGAAGCUGUUAAAAGGCUUUUGGUUACACGAUGAUAAGGAUAUUGAUUUGAGGUUGGCCAGACUAGACCAUCUCAUGGACAGAAGACCGGAAUUAGCUAACAGUGUUCUUUUAAGGCAAAAUCCACAUAAUGUUGAACAGUGGCAUCGAAGGGUAAAGCUCUUUGAGGGUAAUCCCACAAAGCAGAUUCUUACUUACACUGAGGCAGUGAGGACAAUUGAUCCCAUGAAAGCAGUUGGGAAACCUCAUACAUUGUGGAUUGCUUUUGCAAAGUUGUAUGAGAACCACAACGAUAUUGCUAAUGCAAGAGUAAUCUUUGAUAAAGCAGUACAAGUGAACUACAAGACAGUGGAUAACCUGGCUAGUGUUUGGUGUGAGUGGGCUGAAAUGGAAUUGAGGCAUAAAAAUUUUAAUGGAGCACUGCAACUGAUGAGUCGGGCAACAGCAGAGCCAUCUGUUGAGGUCAAAAGAAGAGUGGCUGCUGAUGGGAAUGAACCGGUUCAGAUGAAGCUCCAUAAAUCCUUGAGACUUUGGACAUUUUAUGUGGACUUGGAGGAAAGUCUUGGUAGUUUGGAGUCUACUCGAGCAGUUUAUGAGAGGAUAUUGGAUUUAAGAAUAGCCACACCACAAAUUAUAAUCAAUUAUGCACUGCUUCUUGAAGAAAAUAAGUACUUUGAAGAUGCAUUCAAGGUAUAUGAACGAGGUGUCAAGAUAUUCAAGUACCCUCAUGUCAAAGAUAUAUGGGUGUCAUAUCUCUCUAAAUUUGUUAAAAGAUAUGGGAAGACAAAACUGGAACGAGCAAGAGAGCUAUUUGAGCAUGCUGUUGAAACGGCUCCUGCUGAUGCAGUGAAACCUUUAUAUCUUCAAUAUGCCAAGUUGGAGGAAGAUUAUGGUUUGGCAAAGCGUGCUAUGAAGGUGUAUCAUGAAGCAACCAAGGCUGUACCAAAUAAUGAGAAAUUGAGCAUGUAUGAAAUCUACAUUGCACGUGCAGCUGAGAUAUUUGGCGUUCCCAAAACAAGGGAGAUAUAUGAACAAGCAAUAGAAUCGGGUCUUCCUGACAAAGAUGUGAAGACAAUGUGCUUGAAGUAUGCUGAGCUCGAGAAGAGCUUGGGUGAGAUUGAUCGUGCUCGUGGAAUAUAUGUAUUUGCAUCUCAGUUUUCCGAUCCACGAUCAGACCCAGACUUUUGGAAUAAAUGGCAUGAAUUUGAAGUGCAGCAUGGAAAUGAAGACACCUUCAGAGAAAUGCUUCGUAUUAAAAGAAGUGUUCAAGCAAGCUAUAGCCAGACCCACUUUAUUCUUCCGGAGUAUCUGAUGCAAAAGGAUCAGAGGCUAGAUCUUGAUGAGGCAAAAGACAAAUUGAAACAGGCUGGUCUUCCUGAAGAUGAGAUGGCUGCUCUUGAGAGGCAGUUAAUCCCUGCAGCCAAUGAUACUACUACUGCUAAAGAUAGCAGCAGAAAAGUAGGGUUUGUAAGCGCGGGUGUCCAACCAGAGGCUGAUGGGGGGAUAACCACCACAAAUCGUGAAGAUAUUGAGUUGCCAGAAGGAAGUGACUCAGAAGAUGAUGAAAGAGUUGAAAUUGCACAAAAAGAUGUUCCAGAUGCUGUUUUUGGAGAUCUGGCUCAGAAAAGGAAAGAUGCUGAAGCUCCCACAGACAAGGAUGGCGAGAGUCGUCUUGGGGCGCUUGAGAGACUAAAGAGGCAAAAGAGAGCUUGAUUUGACUCUUUUUUUUUUGUAUUACCUCCAACUUCUAAUCCCUGACCACAUUCCAUAGGAUUGGCGUGGUCUAUAAGAUUGUUAAAUGUUGAAAGGAUGGUUUUGAGACCAAAAUUUAUAAUUACCUCUCAAACCAAACAGUUUUGGCUGUUUCGCAACAUAUGCCUUCUCAAAUAGGUCCAUAAUAUCAAGCUUCACAUCAUUCUGGGGUUUAACUGGGAAGGAUUGGGAAACUGAUGGUGAGUCUGUAAAUUCCAUAUUUGUAUUCGGUUUUGCUUUCCUGUGGUUUUAAUGGAUUAUGAUUCUCUGCUGUUAAGUUUA